AUGAGGAGAAAGACAAGAAACUUGAAACAGAAAACAGUUCAAGACAAUAAAACAUUCACAGAAGUGAGUGACCUAGAAUCUGAAAAAGAUGGCCCUACAAUAAAUGACAGAAUUCAGGCUGUAAAGAGACAGUAUGUGUGUACUGAGUGUGGGAAAGCCUUUAGUCAGAGUGCAAACCUCACAGUACAUGAACGAAUCCACACAGGAGAGAAACCCUAUAAAUGUAAGGAGUGUGGAAAAGCCUUCAGUCAUAGCUCCAACCUGGUUGUUCAUCGGAGAAUCCACACAGGAUUGAAGCCUUACACAUGCAGCGAAUGUGGGAAAUCUUUUAGUGGUAAGUCCCACCUUAUUCGGCACCAGGGAAUCCACAGUGGGGAGAAAACCUAUGAAUGUAAGGAGUGUGGGAAAUCCUUUAGUCGGAGUUCUGGCCUGAUUUCACAUCACAGAGUUCACACUGGUGAGAAGCCCUACACCUGUAUUGAAUGUGGGAAAGCCUUUAGCCGUAGUUCAAACCUUACUCAACAUCAGAGAAUGCACAAAGGAAAAAAAGUUUACAAGUGUAAGGAGUGCGGGAAAACAUGUGUUUCUAAUACAAAGAUUAUGGACCAUCAGAGAAUUCACACUGGCGAGAAGCCUUAUGAAUGUGAUGAGUGUGGAAAAGCUUUCAUCUUAAAGAAGACCCUUAAUGAACAUCAGCGACUUCAUCGUAGAGAGAAACCUUACAAAUGUAAUGAGUGUGGGAAAGCUUUUACUUCUAAUCGAAAUCUUAUUGAUCAUCAGAGAGUUCACACUGGAGAGAAACCCUAUAAAUGUAAUGAGUGUGGAAAAACCUUCAGGCAGACUUCUCAAGUGAUUCUACAUUUGAGAACCCACACGAAAGAGAAACCUUAUAAGUGCAGUGAGUGUGGGAAGGCCUAUCGUUACAGCUCACAGCUUAUUCAACAUCAGAGAAAGCAUAAUGAGGAGAAAGAAAUGUCAUAA